AUGGUUACUCGUAGUAAACAUGGCAUUGUCAAGCCCAAUCCCAAAUACCGAGAUCAAUCCCAUCACACCUCUACCUCCAUAUCACUUAUUCCAAAGAACCCGAUUCAUGCCCUUCGUGAUCAUAAUUGGAAAAUUGCUAUGCGGGAAGAAUAUGAUGCUCUUAUUGACAAUGGUACUUGGAAAUUGGUUCCCCGACCGCCGAAUAUGAACAUAAUUCGGUCUUUGUGGAUUUUUCGACAUAAGACCAAGUCUGAUGGGUCUUUUGAAAGACAUAAGGCUCGUCUUGUUGGUGAUGGUAAAACUCAACGGGAAGGAAUUGAUUGUGAUGAGACUUUUAGUCCGGUUGUUAAACCGACAACUAUUAGGGUGGUACUUAGCAUUGCUUUGGCUAAGUCUUGGAAAAUUCAUCAAUUGGAUGUGAAAAAGCUUUCUUACAUGGUCAUUUGA